AACCAGCACGUGGCUCCCGCCCCCAGACUACUUCUUUAUUCAUGCUUAACCUUUACCUUGGCAGGUGAAGUAUAAGAUUCAUCAAGCACAUUUGACAACCCAUGGCACAUUUCCUGUUUUCCACCAUCCCUCUGCAGGUCACAGACACCCAGGACCCAGCCAUUGCGGGACUCAACAGGGGACAGGGCCACUCACCACGGCCGCAGUCUUCCCACAGACCAAGAGGAGUCCUGAGCUCAGGCCGGGGUUGUUUGGUUUUGAGGUGUGCUGGGAUGAAAGGUGCUCUGAAAGUGGAAGAUAAAUGACAAUGAAAAAAUUCCACGGCGAGAUCAGAAGGACACCUGAGACAGAACACCCACCUGCUGUCGUGGGCCACACCUCCCAGUUGCAAGCAGAAGGGAAGAAGCAAACUGUCAGACUGAUGUGGCUCUAAACAACAGCAACGUGUGAAGGCCCGGGGGCACUUCUGGAUUGACCAAGAGGAAACACAUGUUGCACAAUGAUAUGAUCUUGUUGGUACAAUUGUCAGCGAAGGGAACUCCCACAGCAAAGGGCAUAAAACCAUCCAAGGCAGUCUGGGGCGGCUCAGUUCGGCUGUGCCAGGGAGUGGAGCAGAGCCCAGCGCUGCCCCAAACACAGAUGGGACCAUGAACUCCAGCCACAGCUUAAGCCAGACGCACUUGGCCUCCCGCCAUGGCACCGGCAGCGGUGGCUGGGCCUGGCCCAGGAGCUUCCCCCGGGCUCCCAGUGUCCAUGGUGGCGCAGGAGGUGUUCGCAUCUCCCUUUCCUUCACCACGCCAAGUUGCCCACCCUCCGGAGGGUCUUGGGGGUCUGGAAGAGGCAGCUCCCUCCUGGGCGGAAAUGGAAAGGCCACCAUGCAGAACCUCAAUGAUCGGUUGGCCUCCUACCUGGACAAGGUGCGCGCCCUGGAGGAGGCCAACGUGAAACUGGAAAAUUGCAUCCUGAAGUGGCACCAGCAGAGAGAUCCUGGCAGUAAGAAGGAUUACUCCCAAUACGAGGAAAGCAUCGGCCAUCUACAGGAACAGAUCGUGGAUGGUAAAAUGGCCAAUGCUCGGAUUACUGUUCUCAUUGACAAUGCCCAGAUGGCAGUGAAUGACUUCAGCCUCAAGUAUGAAAAUGAACACUCCUUUAAGAAAGAUUUGGAAAUUGAGGUUGAGGGCCUCCGAAAGACCUUGGACAAUCUAACCAUUGUCACAACAGACCUGGAACAGGAGGUGGAGGGACUGAGGAAAGAGCUCAUCCUCAUGAAGAAGCGUCACGAACAGGAAUUGAAAGAGCAUCAUGUGCCAAAUGACUUCAAGGUCAAUGUGAAGGUGGAUACAACUCCAGGGGAGGAUCUGAUUAAGGUCCUGGAGGAAAUGAGGCAGGAAUAUGAGUUUAUAAUAAAGAGGAAGCAUCGAGACUUGGACACUUGGUAUAAAGAGCAGUCAGCAGCCGUGUCCCAGGAGGUGGCCACUCCGGCUGCUGUGCAGACCAGCCAAGGUGACAUCCACGAGCUGAAACGUACGUUCCAGGCCCUGGAGAUUGACCUGCAGACGCAGCACAGCAAGAAAUCUGCUUUGGAAAACAUGUUAUCAGAGACUCAGUCUCGGUACGCCUACCAGCUCCAGGACAUGCAAGAGAUCAUCUCCCACUAUGAGGAGGAACUGACACAGAUACACCAUGACCUGGAGCGUCAGAUCAAAGAGUACGAGGCGCUCCUGGGCAUGAAAACCCACCUAGAGAAGGAAAUCUCCACUUACCGCCAGCUCCUGGAGGGAGACAGCGAAGGGACAAUGGAAGAAUCCAAGUCGGGCAUGAAAGCGUCUGCAGCUCCAAAGAUCAAGGCCAUCACACAGGAGAGCGUCAAUGGAAGGAUAGUUCUUUCUCAAGUGAAUGAGAUCCCAAAAUACAUGUGAGACCAAAGUUUCUGCCUAUUGUAAAGACGAUUUUCCCCCAAUGAAAAGUCCUUGCCAGACACUAAUGAAUAAGGCCUAAAAGGUGUCCUUGGAGUUAUCAGACUCAGAAACUUUUACAUUUUUCUCUGUAAUCAUCUCACCAGACUUCCCAUAAUGCUCUUAAUGUACUGUACUUUUUGAAUCAAAGUAUGAGUGUAUGAGUUUAAAGUUCUACUUCCCUACUAUAAUGUUCAGAUUCCCAUCAUUACACUUCUGUUUUGUAGUCAAUAAAACUCCACACCAACUGCA